GUCAUAGGUAGCCACGGACCCCCCUCAGACCUCCUCAAACUCACUCCUACUUCUGCUGGCGUCUUCCUUACGCUUAUGGACGUCUAAAAUAGCCGGCAAGUAGGUCGAGUGGGACCAAGAAGUAGCCACGGCCGUCCACGGUACCAGGCCAAGAAGUAGUAUUGAGAGCGCGCCACAGGGACGGAUCUUGGCGGCUACCGGCGGCCCGGGACCGCCCUGCGCUUUGGGCCCGCCUAUCGCCCGGUCUCAGGUACUCGCUAGCCGACCCCGCCUGGUCUGCGGCUCGACCGUCACUAGCACAGUCACGGUCUCGCAGCGUCUCGCCGUUUUUGCUAGAUCUCGGGCAAGCCGCGAGUCCGGACCCGCCCUGGAUUUAGGUUCUCGGGGCCCACCGCCCGGAUGCGGUCUCAGACAGCCCCGAGUCCGCGACGACCGCCACUAGCUCGUGCUGCCUAAGUCUAACAGGACGAGUGUAGGGUCGUAAAGCGAGCGUAAUGGCGUCGGUCUCAGAUAACUGUACAGGUGCGCUUGUGUCGUGGUCAUUCAUAGUUCCGUGACUGACUCCUUAUUUAGUUCUCCUGAAUACUGAUAAGCAAAAUCUAGUUAGUCAAGAGGAAAUACUAAAACAGCUAGAGGACUCAAAUGACAAGGUACGUGGGUAGCUCGGGCUUGUCAUGACGCGUUGUGCAGAUGAAAGUUAAGGCAUUAAAGUCUGCAAUUUUGAUGAUGCUCGGAGGAGAACCUAUCCCUCGAAUACUAAUGACGGUGAUACGGUUCUGCAUCAACACUGAACACCACGAGUUCAAGAAAUUACUAAUGCUAUUUUGGGAGAUUGUUCCAAAGUACGAUUCCGAAAAAAAGUUGCUCCCUGAGAUGAUACUGGUAAUGCUUGUGGAGUUGCUCUAUUGCUUAUAUACAGAUGAUAGGUAUGUAAUGCACUACGAAACGACCUAAAUCAUUCAAACGAAUAUGUCCGAGGCUCCAUGCUUCGUUUUUUGUGUAAGCUGAGAGAACCCGAAAUUAUCGAACCGCUUGUUCCGUCAAUCAAAGCUUGUUUGAAUCAUCGGCACUCGUAUGUCCGCAAAAAUGCCGCACUUGCAAUAUACCACAUUCACAAGCACCAUGGGUCAGCCUUGGUGCCGGAUGGCGCAGACCUAAUGAACGACUUCAUCAGGGCAGAGACUGAAGUUGGCUCGAGGCGAAAUGCCUUCCUCAUGUUGUUCAAUGAGGCUGAAGAGGUAGCAAUUGAGUUCCUAGCAGCCCAUGCUGAUGGACUAGACGACUUUGGCGACGGGUUUGCUCUACUUGUCCUUGAACUAACCCGAAAGGUCUGUCGACGCGAUCCGCGGCAAAAAUCACGAUUUGUCCGAUUUUUGUUCCAGUUACUCGGUUCCCAAUCGGCAGCGGUCAGCUACGAAGCAGCAUGGACUCUCGUGAGCCUAUCAUCAGCGCCUACUGCGGUACGUGCAGCGGCAGCAACAUACACUGCCUUGCUUUCAUCGCAGUCUGACAAUAAUGUGAAGCUCAUUGUCUUGGAGCGACUAGCCGAAAUGAAGCAGCGGCAGUCGCGAGUUUUGACAGAAGUACUAAUGGACAUGCUGAGAGCCCUCUCAUCACCAAAUGUAGACAUUUGCAAGAGAACUCUUGAAAUUGCUAUCGAUCUAGUGUCACCACGUAACAUCGAGGAAGUUGUUGGUGUACUGAAGCGCGAAGUCGUCCGAACCCGUGAUUCUGAUCUAGAAAAUUGUUCAGAGUACCGAACGAUGCUUAUCCAAGCGAUUCAUACGUGUUCCUUGAAAUAUCCCGAAAUUGCUGGAUCUGUAGUGCAUGUUCUCAUGGAUUUUCUUGGCGUUGACGGUGCUAUGGAUGUAAUUGUAUUUGUUAGGGCAAACAUGGAGCAAAAUGCUCCACUUCGUUCUGGACUGUUAAAGAAACUGGUGAAUACAUUGUGUGAAAUAAGGUCGUCACCUGUCCUCUCUGUCUCUUUGUGGAUAAUUGGAGAAUAUGCAGAAGGCGAGGAAUUGCUUAAGUUAGGAUUUGACGAAAUUGCUAAUGCUAUGGGCAACCCACCUUUUGUGUGUUGCCAAGUGACAGAUGCAGCCAACACCAAUCCUGGACGCAUAUCAGAAAACUCAAGGUCGGUCGUCCUAGCUGAUGGAACAUACGCUUCACAAGCAGGGGCUAUGGAAUCACAAGCGUACGGUGACAAGACGAACAUUUCUCCUCUGAGGGCCCUUGUUUCGAAUGGAGAUAGUUUCUUAGGCACUGUGGCGGUAAGUUCGUUGACAAAGAUCGUACUUAAAUCACGAGCACUAUAUGGAACGAACUCGACUUUAACCAAGCAGCGUCAGCUAGUAAUGCUGGCAGUCUGCUGUGGAGUAGCAGACCUCAUUGAACGCUCGACAUCAGAGAAGCAAUACUCGCCCUGCAAAUCUGUGAAUUCUACCUCUCCUAUUUUUUCGGGCGCAUCUGCUGAUUGCAUUGAGCGCUUGGCUCUAUUCGCGAGACUCAUACUAGACACAGAAAUACAAGCUGCAACUGUCGAGGCAUAUCUCAGUGACAGCAAGAUAUCUUUCUCCCAAUAUCUCCGUCAUGCAUCAAAUUCUACGCUCGUGGUUGAGCCAAGUUCAAAGAAUUUGUCAACCCCCGCCUUGGCACAAGUAGAUGAUUUGAUUUCUUGGCGACAGUUGCGUCAGGUGACAUCGGCGAGUGGUGAUUUGGACUUGUGUGAUGGGGACGAUUUACUACGGGCAACUGGUUCAUUUGAAAAUAGUGAUGGCACAGGAACGCGGCUUAGUCACGUUUACCAACUUACAGGCUUCGCAGAUCCAGUCUACGCAGAGGCGUACGUCACAGUACAUGACUAUGAUAUCCUUCUUGAAAUUCUCAUCAUAAACCGAACAGCCGCUACACUUACAAAUCUGACGGUCGAAUUGGCUACAAUGGGCGACUUGAAACUUGUUGAAAGACCACUUUCUCUAACAAUCGGCCCUCUUGAUCAACGAUCAAUCAGUGCCAAUAUCAAGGUUUCUUCAACGGAAACCGGCCACAUAUUUGGCACCAUUGUAUACGAAAACUCGUCGAAUGCAGAAAAAAGUAUUAUCAACUUAAAUAGUAUUCACUUGGAUAUAAUGGAUUACAUACGACCUGCUCUUUGCACUGACGAAACAUUCCGUGCAAUGUGGGCUGAAUUUGAGUGGGAAAACAAAGUAGCUAUUGCGACAGCGAUCAGUGAACUUGGAACAUUUUUAGAACAUAUUAUAUCUGAGACAAAUAUGCGCUGUCUGACUCCGCAAUCUGCCUUGGGCGGCACUUCAUCUUUUUUAGCCGCGAACCUCUAUGCGAAAUCCAUUUUUGGAGAAGAUGCUCUUGUCAAUGUAUCUGUCGAAAAAAAAGAAGAUGCCGAUGGAAAACUGAGUGGCUACAUUCGCAUCCGUUCAAAAACCCAGGGCAUUGCGCUUUCACUCGGCGAUCGGAUAACAGCUGUCCAGCGCCGUAAUUAAGCACACUCGUGCUAAUUUGACCACAGGAAACUAUCAUUUGAUAGUAUUAAUUAAUGCGCCUGGGAAACUUGCCUGCUGUAGAGUGGUUAAUCUUGCCAGAGACAAGGGCGAGGUGAUUGGGCACCGCGCAUUGUUUCAACCUGGAAUGCGAUCGCGUAGUUGCAAAAGGGAAGUGGCCACACGCAAAUGCGUGUCUACUUCCCGGGACUGCGAGUUUUAGCCUUUGAUAACUGCGAGUUUUGGUGGGGAGGGGUAGUAGAGGGAGGGGGUCACUUUUUUGCCUCCCCACUCUAUAGGCGAGACGCGGUCGCGAAGUACUUAGCCCCAUUCUAGAAUUUCUAUAGACCGAGCGAGCUAGGCCUAGCCAAAAGCCGGAAAUUCCCUUAGAGCCCUA